AUGAGUUUGGUGCACGUUCGCGGUCGACCUGAUCAGCUCUCGCGGUCGACCGGACAGAGUGAGGAUUUCUUUUCAGUGGAAUCGGAUGAGAGCGAUUUAGAGGCCAAGUCUCGAGCGAUUGACGAGGACAAGGCGAAAGUGGAAGAGGAAGCGGAGGAGGAAUUGAGGUUGAAUAUAAAGGAAGAGUUUGACGAGUUCAGAUUGCCUACAGAAGAGGACAAGGCGAAAGUGGAAGAGGAAGCGGAGGAGGAAUUGAGGUUGAAUAUAAAGGAAGAGUUUGACGAGUUCAGAUUGCCUACAGAAGAGGAACUCGAAGAAGAGGCACAUCAACCUCCGAACCUCUCAAAACUCCAGCGCAGAAUAAAAGAGAUUGUUAAUGUGCUCUCAAAUUUCAAAAAAUUGAGACAUGAUGGUGCUUCACAGAAGGAUUACGUGGAGCAGCUAAAGGUGGACCUGGGUUCUUAUUAUGGCUACAAUGAUUUUCUCAUUGGGGCUCUUGUUGAGAUGUUUCCAGCUGCGGAGCUUGUUGAACUCCUGGAAGCUAUGGAGAAGAGUCGACCUGAAUGCUUGCGAACAAACACUUUAAAGACUCGGAGAAGGGAUCUGGCUGGCGUCCUGAUAAAUAGAGGAGUUAACCUUGAUCCUAUAGGCAAGUGGUCAAAGGUUGGGUUAGUGGUGUAUGAGUCCCAAGUUCCUAUUGGUGCAACCCCUGAGUAUAUGGCUGGGCAUUACAUGCUGCAAGGUGCAAGCUCUUUCAUACCUGUGAUGGCACUUGCUCCGCAGGAGAAGGAGCGGAUUGUCGAUAUGGCGUCUGCUCCAGGUGGAAAAACGACAUAUAUCGCUGCUCUUAUGAAAAAUACUGGUAUAAUUUAUGCAAAUGAAUUUAAGGAACCAAGGCUCAAGUCACUAACUGCAAAUAUUCAUCGGAUGGGCGUGACAAAUACUGUAAUAUGCAACUAUGAUGGGAAGGAGGUGAGUUGCUAACUU